GAGGACCAAAGAUGUAACAUUACAGGCGGAGGGAUACAGUGCUGAAACUGAGCCAUAGCCCGCCGGUGUCGCUGGAUUGAGGUUUCCGGGCCGCUCUGGUGCAACACAGGGAUACAGAUUCUCCACAGAUUUCCCGAGACAUAUACUGUAAUAACGUUUGAUAUCAUUUAAGUACUUUAUCCGAAUAUCUGCCGUCCAAGCAAGGUCGAAACAAAACCGUACAUCGGUCGUUUUGUCAUCUUCACGAAGCUUGAAACGUCAACGGGACAAUGGCUGAUCAGCUGACCGAGGAGCAGAUUGCUGAGUUCAAGGAGGCGUUCUCGCUGUUUGACAAGGACGGUGACGGUACAAUCACUACCAAGGAGCUGGGGACUGUGAUGCGCUCCCUGGGACAGAACCCCACCGAGGCUGAGCUGCAGGACAUGAUCAAUGAGGUGGACGCUGAUGGCAAUGGUACAAUUGACUUUCCUGAGUUCCUGACCAUGAUGGCCAGGAAGAUGAAGGAUACAGACAGCGAGGAGGAGAUCAGAGAAGCCUUCAGAGUCUUUGACAAGGAUGGUAACGGCUACAUCAGUGCAGCAGAGUUACGGCACGUCAUGACCAACCUGGGGGAGAAGCUCACCGAUGAGGAGGUGGACGAAAUGAUCCGCGAGGCUGACAUUGAUGGCGAUGGUCAGGUCAACUAUGAGGAGUUUGUCCAGAUGAUGACUGCCAAGUGAAGAGAACAACACAUUUCUCUCAACGUUGCUUGUCCUCCCGAGAUCACUGUUUUUAGGAACCACAAAAAAAAAUAUCAAUUAUCAGACGAUAAACCAACUUCCCCCCCAAAAUCACUAUAAAAUCAAACAAUUUGCGCUUAAGUACAUCCAAAUACUUCUACGGUAUCUGUUUAGCAAACACCAACAGAAUAAUCCCGAGAGAAGUGAAUGGACCUUUAAGAGGGCCGAGGCCCUGUACUUCAGACCAAGUUUCUGCUGAGUCACCCAGCUCCUGAUUAAUUUAGAGGAAAGAGCAACAGUGAAAAGGCGGAGGGAUUGGAGCCCUCACCACAGUUGGUAUAGAGCCGUUGGCUAUUUCAUUCUUUCCAAUAUUUAACAAAGAACUCUAAAUACUGAAUUGAGUACUCUUCUUGCAUGCACCCUUUCUGUUGGCGGUCUCUUGUCCCAACAAGGAGGCUCUGAUCAGAAGUAGCGGUCAGACUGUGUACACACUGGAGGUAUAUACAUUACUAUAUAGCUAUAUAUCUGUAACAUUUGUGUCACUAUUGGUUUUGCAAGAGCAACUAGUUGCGGUGUAGGGUGCUCGGUUGCAAUCCUAAUACCUUGAAGAGUUCAGGCGAGAGCGAGAGACUGGAAAGUGCAACCGGUGUUGUCCUCUCGGGGGUGAUGUGUUGUCUGGUUUUGAGUCGUGGGCUUUAACAGCGUGCCUGCAGCACUGAUUGGAGACGCUGGUAUCUGAUAUUGCUUCAGGAGGAUUAUUGUGAAGACAACACUUGCACUGGACUGCAGUUAAUAUAUUUGUUCUGCAAUGUUCAGAUAUCCUGUUGAUACAAUAUUGAUGUUAUAAAUGUUCCUCAAAUAUUAAUGUAUUAGUGACAAACUUUGGUCACCAAAUAUAUCCAUAUAUAUAUAUAUAUAUAUAUAUAUAUUAGUGUAUCGUAAAAGGUGUUGUAGUAAAUGACCUGUGACAUGUUUUCCCUUUUGGUUUUGAAAUGUGCCAUAAUACUCUAAAACGCCUCCACCCUCUUGCAAGACUCGUAAUUCAUUAGAAUAUAAUCCAUCAACUUAAUAUAAUGGCGUAUAAAAGUACAUGCAGUUGAACAUAUUUGCACUUUGGUAUAAACCAUGUGGAUAUUAAAAAAAAAAAAAAAAAAAAGUUGUAAAAGAAGAAGAAAACGAAACUAAAUGUCGCUGCUGCUGUAACAACUCAUUUGUUGUCCUUGUUGGUGUCUGAUCUUCCAUUAGUCCAGUGAUUCAAUCUUCUAUCCGCUUGCUGUUUUACUGAACUAAAUACAUUUACUGUAUAUUCACAGAAACUGGUGGUGGGGGUGAUUGUGUUUAAUUUGGGCUGUUCGAGUGGGACUUCCAAGAUUAGGGAUGAAACGGGGUUGUAGCAAAGAAUGCAGCUUUAGAAGUGAGAUGGUUUAGGGGGGUUUUGAACAGUUGGCUGAAUUUAAGGAGCUGGUUAGCUGAGGUGUCUUUUGAUUUCCUCAAAGCAUGAAACUUAAAAACUGCUCUGCUUGAGGCGUUGAAAUCGGUUAACUUUUGAUCGGGAUGUCGGGGAAGUGAAUGGACUGUUGAAGGUAUCUCAAAAAUGUAAAGAUGUGAUAUAUUUUACAUAAAUCAAUAAACUGAGCUUUACUUCA